CAUGAACUCUUUCCUGGAGUACCUGUCGCGGGGCGGGGACAGCUUGAGUUUAGCCGGGAAGUUUAGCAGCGCAGAGCCCGGCAGCGUGGCUUUGCGGCCGCCCUGCGCCCUGUCAGCCGGCGGGGACGGCGCUUACCCGGGUCCUCCCGCGGGAAGCUUGCCGGACUUCUCCAAGCGCUUGGCGCCUCACCCGCAGGCGCCCCGGUUCCAGCCGCCACAGCUGGCGCCCUGCGCGCUUACCGGCUCGCACGUUUUCCCCUCGGCCGAGUUCAACCUGCUCCGUCCCGAGGCGCCUUACGCGGGCCCGGAGGAGAGCGCUCCGCUGCAUUACGCCACGUCCAUUUUCCCCGGCGGCGGCGGCGGUGGCGGUGGCGGCGGCGCCUACCUGCAAAUGGAUUACACCGCGCUGGCCGAGACUUUUCAGCCUUGCCUCAAGGAUGCGCCGCUGCGGCCGCCGCCCCCGGACUUCUGCCCCAAGGCCGGCGGCCAAGCGGCGGUCAGCACUUUCGAGUGGAUGAAAGUCAAGAGGAACGCACCCCCUAAAAGUAAAGCCACAGCUUGUGGGUCUUCCAGUUUUCCUAGUGUGGUAAGAACCAAUUUCAGCACUAAGCAACUGACCGAAUUGGAAAAAGAGUUCCAUUUCAAUAAGUACCUCACCAGAGCCCGGCGUGUGGAAAUAGCGAAGUCUCUGGGCCUCAAUGACACUCAAGUGAAAAUCUGGUUCCAAAAUCGGAGGAUGAAGCAGAAGAAAAGAGAAAGGGAAGGAAUAGUGGUUCCUGGAGUACCUACUCAAGUCUCUCCUUCAGUAUCCAGCCCCAGACAUUCAGGGAUGUGCUCUGUGGCCCCUUCUCCUACCAAAAAUUCACCUUAAUACUAUGGCAUUAUGACAACACUGAGAAUGGAUACAGAUGCAUGAUACUGAAAAGACUCAAAAACUUCAAAAGCAAAAUCAGACUGCUCUGUAAAGUGUGAACUCAUGCAAAUUUGAAUUCAAGGUACAAAAGAAGACAAUGAUUGCACUAAGUUUUACGCUGACCGUGGAAAAGUCCAUUGUAUAGAAUGAAAACCUGCUGCUUUACACAGAACUGAUUCAAGGCACAAAAGGCAUAUGAUGAUAUGUUUACAUUUUAUUUAUAUGUAUUUUCAGGGAAAGCUGCUUUCACCUUCUAUAUGCUGCUAAACUUUGUUGCUGGCCUGGCUGAAUUUAUUUACAGGCUAAUAUUACAUUUGUUUACUUAAAAAAGGAAACCCCUUAAGACUGAUGUGGGGGAUUCUACUAAUAAAACCAAAGAUAAGGAAUAACUCAUGGAUGGAAUCUACUCUGCACUGAUUUUAAAUCUAUUUCAAUCUAAUCAACCUGUGUUUUUUAAUUUGAAUAUUGAAUAUUAAUUUGAACGGGUUCCACUAGGUCUUCUCCAUACUCCUUCUUUGAGGUAUGUGUAUGGAAACAAAAACAUUAGCCAUCAGGGAUGUUUUGAUUCCUUUUUGUUUCUGGGACUCAAGCAGUGAUUCUUCUUAACAAAGAUUCUUGUCAGAAAGUUCUGCCAGUAGACUGAUUUAAAAUACUUUGGUUUAAAAGUUGGGUGAGGGAGAAAGAGAAACAAAUGGGUUUAGAUUAUUAUUUAUUGCACUGAUAUAUACCAAGAUAAAGUGUAAUAGGUUAACACAAUUCCAAACCAAAGGAUGCCCUGCUUUUUUUUUUUUUUUGCUUCAUCAAUUUGUUCUCUGGUUCUGCAUUAACUAGCUUCUGUUUUGUUUCCAAAUGGGUUCUUUAAAAAUACAUAGGCAUGCAUACAAAUAGCAUAGUCCAGUGAUCACUCUACACACUGUAUGUUUUUAAAGUUCUAUUUUAAUUUUGAACAGCAGAAACUAUUCAUAGUAGUCAUGUUCAUAGUUGAAAAUUGAAUUGUAAUUCUGAGAGAAUUUCUGUCACAUGGGAAUAACAAGCAUUGGUAAAGGAAGAAAGGCAAUUUCCUCAGGGCCUGGUGGCUCAGCAGACUGAUAGCAUUGUGAUUAACACCAGCUGUCUGCAAUUACUGUAAGUUUGAAUCUCACCAGGCUCAAGGUUGACUCAGCCUUCCAUCCUUUCUAAGGUAGGUAAAUUGAGGACCCAGUUUGUGGGGGCAAUAAGCUGACUUUGUAUAAAUAUACAAAAGUAUGAAGGCUAUUGCUUAAGGCAUUGUAAGCCGCCCUGAGUCUCCGGAGAAGGGUGGCAUAUAAAUCAAUUUUUUUUAAAAAAAGAAGAAGAAAAAGUUAAUGAAAAUUCCAGAGUCAGAGUAAAGUCCUUCUGGUUUCAGUAAUGGACAGCUAUCCAAUUCUUUAUCAGAUUUCUGAAAGUCCCCUUUUCUGACAAUUUUUUUUCUUUUUUAGUAAACCCUUGAAAUUCUUCUUAUUCUGAGAAAAAAUUAACAGUAUGAAUAUGGUGAGAGAAAUAUCUGGCAGUUAAAUCAAAUGUCCCAUGUUCAUCCUUUGAGGGAAGAAGAACGGAGAUGAUAGGGAAGUGGAGGAAGCACUAUGUCUCAGGAAAUGAAUGUAAAUAGAAAGUUGCCCUUUAUUCUUGUGUGAACCACAUAUGACGAACAUUAUAAUUUUAACAGAAGUACAAUUUAUAAAUAAAUUUUGAGAACUAUUAACAUGCUGUCUCCAUUACGUAUGUGGCAAUCUUGGUUUUUAAUUUCAUGCUAAUCAGCGAUUUGAAAAAAGAGAGAGCCCUCUGAGGCUUUUGAUAUUUCAAAAAGUCUCCAGGCUCCCAUUCCAGAGUUCUUCUGAGGAACAUGAUGUGUUGCUAGAAGAGAGCUUACAGCUGCAAACAAAGAAGAAAAACAAGUUAUAACAGCCCAACCCAGAAUUCAUGUAAGGAAGCCCUUGGGCACUGAAGCUAAUUAAACCCAUUACCAAAUAGUCAAAAUAAAUCAUAACUCAAAGACUUAACUGGAACAGAAGUACAUCCGUUAAGCAAACUGGAAUUGUCAUUGACUUGUAAGUAGAAACGAAUUGGUCAAAGAUUAGAGUGCUAACUUUUUUGUCGAAGAUGUACAUUAUAAGAGAUAUCAGAUUGCUGUACUUGACAGAAGUAUAUCUGAACUCUUCCUGCCCUGUAAUAUCAUGGUUAUAGUCAGGUCAAUAUCUUAGUGGGCUCACUUAAACAGUUAUACUUUCCAGAGCAGAAACUGAGGGCUACUUUUUCUCCAGUGGGAAAAAAAAGUCUUCAAUAGUCUUAAAAAUGACCAUAAGUGUUAGACAGAGUGGAUUGUAUAUUCCAUUGUAUUCGGAAAAGUUUUGUAUUAUCUGAUUAUUGCUUACAUUAUUUUUGACUUUACACUUAUGCAGUAUGAUUCCAGGUUUAUAUAGAAGUCUGCCUCAGUGUGUUCAUGAGCUGGGCUACCAAUUUGGGCUGCAAUUCUGUAUACUAGAGAGUAAGAUCUUUGGCCUCUAGCGAGACUUAUUUCUGUAACCAUGCAUAGUUUCUUUGAUCAAACAGGAAUGUCAAUACAGGUCUUUUUAAAACCCCUUUGCUUUCUUGUUUCCUCCUUUGACCCUUUCCAAUAAAAUCUAUUUGAUGUUUUAGACCAUUGGAAGUCAUCAGCAAGACAAUGCUCUGUUUGAAUAAAAAUGUCAA